AUGGGCGACGAGGACUCGUACGAAUUGUCGUACGACUUUGAGUCGUACGCGGAGGAGGACGACAUCGAUGACCCGCUCAUUCUGGCGGCAUCGUGUGGAGACAUGGCGUCGGUGCAGGAGCUGCUGGACCGGGGACACCCUGUAGACGUCGAGCAGACGACGUACGCACUGACGCCGCUGCUGGCGGCGUGCCAGCAUGGUCACACAAACUGUGCUCGACUGCUGCUUGCUGCUGGGGCCACGAUGACCGAGGCCAACACUGUCGGCGGCAAGACGUCGGCGCUGUACUUUGCUGUCGACUCGCGCCGAGUCACGCUCGUCCAGCUCCUGCUUAAGCGUGGAGUGGAUCUCAACUCGCGGAACGGCCCGCGGAAGAUCACCCCACUGUUCCUGGCAGUGAUGAAGGAGGCGCGCGACAUGGUCAAUGUCCUGCUUGCUGCUGGCGCCAAUCCCAACGUGGCGACGUCGGACAAGCUCGCCCUCCCCCUCAAUCAGGCGGCCAAGUCCGGGUCGCUCGAUAUUGUGGCGCAGCUGCUACAGGCCGGCGCAUCGCUCGACGUGGAGACCUCGACCGGCCACUCGCCGCUGUUCCUCGCGGUCGACGCAGGUCACACAGACGUGGUGGCUCUCAUCCUAGAGGAGGGGGCCAACCCGCAGGCGCGUGUCAACCAAAAGAACGGGCCGGCCAUGCUCACCGCGCUGCACGCAGCAUCGGGCAACGGCGACUUGGAGAUUGUGCAAAUGUUGCUGGCAGCCGGCGCCGAAGCCGACCCCGUCUCUGCGCGGGCCCAUUUUACGCCGCUGCACAAUGCAGCACGGCGUGGGCACGCCGACGUCGUCAUCGAGCUUUUGGACGCCGGCGCCAACGUCGGCGCGCUGACCAAGGGCGAGACAACGGUUCUGUUCUCGGCCGUCAAGUUUGCGCAGCGCAAGGUGGCCAAGAUCCUCAUCGACGCCAACGCACACAUCAACGCCCGCAACGGCGAGCGGCGGGUGACUGCCCUGUACAUUGCCGCCUGCCAGGGUUAUGUCGACCUCUGCGCCGAUCUCAUUACCGCCGGCGCUCUUGUCAACGCAGUGUGCUCAGACACGUACUCGACGCCGUUCAACGCCGCGGUCCGCAACGGGCACACUGAGGUCGCCAAGCUUCUGCUCCAGCACGACGUCGACAUCAGCAUUCCCAACAUCAACGGAUACUCGUCGCUCUACAUCGCGGCCGAGUUUGACCGCUGCGACAUUCUCAAGGAGCUCCUGGCACGUGGCAUGUCGCCCAACCAGGCGUGCGGACGUGGUAAGUUCUCACCCAUUUACAUUGCCUGCAAGCGCGGGCACCUCUACUGCGCCGAGCUUCUCAUCCGUGCCGGCGCCGACAUCAAUGUCGCAUCCAAGCACAAGCACCUGACCUCGCUCACCGGUGCGUGCCGCGGCGGCCGCCACGACAUUGUGCAACUCCUCUUUGAGCACGGCGUCGACCAUGCCAUCCGGACCGAGAAGGGCUUUACCUCGCUCUUUGUCGCCGCCGAGUUUGGCCACAAGCACGUUGUCAAGUUUCUCAUCGAGAACGGCGCGCCCGUCGACGACGCCAACGGGCCGGACAACCUCACGGCUCUUUACAUUGCGGCCGAGAAGGGUCACUUUCUUGUGGCGCGCGUCCUUCUCGAGGCCGGCGCCGACCCCAACCUGGCCACCUCGCACGAGACGCCGACGCCGCUCCUCGCUGCGCUCCACUUUCAGCGGACCAACCUGGUCACCGAGCUCCUCAAGUGGGGCGCGUCGCCCAAGACCCGCACUGCGACGGGCCUUUCGGUUCUCUACGUUGCCGUUGCCACCAACCAAGCCGAGAUCGUCGCCGCUCUUCUCGCCGCCGCCCCGCUCGACGACCUUGGCAUCAACGAGGUAUCUGGCGCGACGCCGCCUGCUUCGGGCGAGGCGGCUGCCAACCCGCUGCCCGAGACGCCGCUGCUGCGCGCCGUCACCGACGGCAACGACGCCAUCGUUGACCUACUGCUGGACAACGGGGCAGACGCUAACGUGGCGGCCGCCGGCGUGGCGCCGCUGGCCAAGGCCGCAGCCGCCGGCUUUGUCUACAUCGCCACCCAGCUCGUCGCCAAAGGCGCCGACGUCACACUCAUUGAGCUGCUCCUCACCAACGGCGCAGACGUCAACGCCAAGAACGACCGCGGUGCCACCCCGCUCUUCCUUGCCUGUCUCGAGGCCGACGCAGCAGCCGUCCAGGUCCUCCUCGCCGCAGACGCCGACCCCAACAUUGGCACUGCCCGCGACUACUACCCGCUCUUCUGCGCGGCAGAGUACGAGGCUGUCCCCAUCGUCGGCCAGCUCAUUGCAGCGGGCGCAAACGUUAACCAGCCGAACGGCAAGCACGCCAUCACCGCCCUCUUUGUCGCCUCGCAGAUUGGCUCUUUGGCCAUCGUCGACGCCCUCACCGCUGCCGGCGCAGAGCCCUUUGAGCAUGGUACCGUUACCGUCACCGAGGAUGAGGCUUUUGCCUCGGGUGACGACUCGGGCAUUGGUGACCUCGAGUAA